AUGUGUUCCAAAUCCGGACAGUCACCGAUUCUUGGUCAGUGCCUCCAGGUUGCCUCGCGUGAAGCAUCGUCGUCCGCUCUCGACGUCGUCAACCAGCAAUACCUCGGCGUCGUCAUGCCCGUCGUUCAAUUUACCCCAUUCUCAUCCCUCGUGCAACCUGCAUUCUGGCACGCACUCACCGACCUCAAAAUUGACGUCCUCAAGCUCUCCGACGACGCCAUUCCGCUUUCAGCGUCGUACUCACCAGGACGCGCAGUCAAGGAUCGUGAGUCAGGGAAGGAGAUUGCCCUUGCUUGCAACUUGAGCGUUAGCGGAGAGGCCUUCACGCAGGUUGAACAGCUUCCGCACAACUCCGUCUCUGUUUCGGGUCUCUUCAAGAACUAUAAUACCAUAGAAGAGUUCAAGGCCGCUGAUAAAACCGCUCUCUUCAAUCAAGUGGCAGAGGAGAUAUGGGAGAGCAUUUUUGUAGACCGCUCGACUGCCCAGCUCUCUCGUUUUAUUCUUAUUACUUUUGCCGACCUCAAGAAGUACAAAUAUUACUACUGGUUUGCAUUCCCUGCCUUUGUUGCGAAGCCCGCGUGGGAAAUCGAGCGCGAUUGGCAACCAGCUGAGGAGGAAUUUGACGACACGUCGCUAGCUGUCGUCCAGAGCCUCUUUCACGCGUCUCCUCGCGCAUUCUUCCUCCUACGCACAACAUCGGGGAACCCCGAAAUUGCCCCAAUCGAAGAAUACGACACGUUCUUCGCCAACGUCCCCGCAGAUCGUCGUACAGUGGCCUUCCUUGACCCUUCUGCCCAGCCGUCAAAUCCCGGCUGGCCCCUCCGCAACCUGCUCGCUUACCUCCACGCGUUGCACCCGUCCACUGCGUCUGGCGUGCGCGUGCUUUGCUGGCGCGACGCCGAGGUCCCUCCACCACAUGAAGGCGCAGGCCCACGAUGGAGGAGCCGGUUUGGCGUACUCAGGCUUGGCUCAGGUGCCAGAAUUAACGCUUCCGCGGAGAAACCCACUGCGGUUGGCUGGGAGAAGAAUCUACUGGGAAAGCUAGGGCCGCGCAUGGCAGACUUGGCGCCGAUGAUGGAUCCGACAAAACUUGCGGGCCAGGCGGUGGACCUGAAUUUGAAGCUCAUGCGCUGGCGCAUCCUCCCGUCGCUGGACCUCGAGAAGGUCGCAAAUACCAAGAGUUUGCUUCUCGGCGCUGGCACUCUCGGCUGUUACGUCGCACGGACACUCAUGGGCUGGGGCGUCCGCACGAUCACGUUCGUCGACUCCGCGCGCGUCUCAUUCUCCAACCCCGUACGGCAGCCACUCUUCGAGUUCGAAGAUUGUUUACACGGUGGGAAGCCCAAAGCCGCGUGCGCCGCUGAACGGCUGAAGAAGAUCUUUCCCGGCGUCAAUUCGUCAGGCCAUAACCUGAGUAUACCUAUGCCCGGGCACCCCAUCCCGCCUGCGUCGGUGGCUCAGGCAAAGCAAGACGUGGAGACGCUCGAGAAACUCAUAGACGAGCACGACGUCGUGUUCCUCCUCAUGGACUCGCGAGAGAGCCGCUGGCUGCCGACCGUCAUCGGCGCGGCAAAGGGCAAGAUCGUAAUGAACGCUGCCCUGGGAUUCGACACCUUCCUCGUCAUGCGCCACGGUGCGCGCGCGACGCUGUCUACAGGCAAGCGGCUCGGCUGUUAUUAUUGCAACGACAUCGUCGCCCCAGCGGAUUCGUUGACCGACAGAACCCUCGACCAGAUGUGCACAGUGACGCGGCCGGGCCUAGCCUCUAUCGCAGCAUCGACUGCAGUAGAAUUGCUAGUGUCUUUGAUCCAACAUCCGGACGGCGUGAACGCCCCCGCCCCUUCGCCAACAAGUGGCACCGAUAGCGCACCUAUAUCUGAGAGCGUGCUGGGACAAGUUCCGCACCAGCUACGUGGCUUCCUCGCACAGUUCCGAAACAUGCCCAUCGUCGGUGCCGCGUACGACCGGUGCACAGGCUGCAGUGAGAUUGUCUUGAAAGCGUACGAGACGCAUGGGUUCGAGAUGCUGCUCCAGGCGUUCAAUGAGCAGGGGUAUCUAGAGGCGCUGACUGGCUUGGACAAGCUGUAUAGCGAAGGCGAGGCGGCGCUGGAGAAUGUGGAUUGGAUUGAAGAGGGCGAGGGUGAUGACGACUUCUAA